UGGUCUCCCACAAAAUAUUCAAACUAAAAUAAAAUUAGUAGUAGUAGUAUUUGGAAUAUCCCUCUAAAUUCUAUUCGAUGCGUUUAGCUGAUUCUUUAGGAUGGCCCACGUGCUCAGAGCUCCAGGAUCACCGUACUCGGUUCAACGUAUUCUUAAACCAAUCUAUAAAACCUGUGUUUGCCAUUUACUGAAUUUACAUCAGUAUCACGAUGCUAAAAAGGGGGAUGACACCUGCGAAUUUGAGGCCUUCCAGUCGGGUCACUGUUCUGGCACAAUGUUAGAUGUGGUUAGGGAUAUUCAGGCACAAAUCGGUUUGGAACCGGGCUACAAUUCCAUACCCAAGUGCCGUGCCAAUCUACUAAAGUAUCAGCCGGAGCUAAAGGAUCUGCCGGAGCGCAGUAUGAAAGACUCCUUUACAACUGCCGUAUUGCCACUGAGUACGAUUGCGAUCCGGGAGCGCUAUGUCAACCAUCUGGGUCUAGUUCGCAUGGGACGUUUAAUGGAGGAGCUGGACCUGUUUGCCGUGUGGAUCUGUCAUCGUCAUCUAUGUAUCCCGACAUUGCCAAAGGGCAUACCGGUGCCCUACAACUUUGUAACGCUUCUGUACGACAGCGUAGACUUUACGAAUAUCAAUGAAAUCUCGGCAGUUGAAGACAUUGAGUUGUGUGGUCACGUCUCGUGGACCGGCAACAGCUCCAUGGAGUUAACAAUAUAUUUGCGACAGAAAAUGCGAACCGUAGCCAAAGCCAUAAUUAUGAUGGUUGCACGAAAUGCGACAAAUACGAGAUCGGCACCAGUUAAUGCUCUAAAACCCGCCAACGAGGAGGAGAAGCUAUGUUUCGAGAACUCCACCGAGCGGCAAAAGAAACGUAUGGCCAAGCAAUCGAAAUCUGUGCUCAAUGUGAAACCAACAUUGAGCGACGAGCAGCUCAUGUACGAGACCUUCAAGCGGACUAGAGGUACGGACGCAUUGAGCGUGAAUAUGCCCGCCAAAUUGCCACCGAAUUGCAAAUGGAUGUCCGAAUCCUUUCAAACGACCAUGUUGCAUGCGUUCCCCGAGAAUCGCAAUUCAUACAAUUACAUUUUUGCCGGUUUCGUUAUGCGCACCGCCGUGGAAAUUAGCUUCAUUGCCGCCUGUAUUCAUGCUGGCGGUCGUCCCUUGAUCCAGUGCAUAAUGGACGUUGCGUUUUACCGGCCGCUGAAGGUGAACUCAUUCCUGAAAGUGACCGCCUAUGUUGUGUACACAUUCGAAAGAUAUAUGCAGCUUUUGACAAUUGUGCAAGCCUUGGAUGCGAACAGUAUGGUACAGAUAACAACAAACGUCCUGCAUCUCACCUAUAAGGCUGAAGGGAACGUCAAGGAGGUGCUCCCAUCCAGCUAUCAGGAGACAUUGUGGUACAUAAAUGGACGCAACAAAUUUGACGCCUUCCAGAAACUGAGGGGAACGCGGAAAGUUAAUAAAAAAUCGCAAAAAAGUGUACGAACCGGAGAAAAAUAAAAUUACAAAAAAAAAAAAAAA